AUGCCCUCUCACACGCCGUUUAUUGCAGGUAAUAUACUGCAUUCUAUGAGAGAAAACUAUGCUCAAGGUGUUGAUGUGUACUAUAAAAAGGUUUCUACAAGUUACAGAAACCCACAUUAUGCAACAGUACGCAUUCUGUUGAUGGAAUGCUUGAGCAUUCUUUGGUCGAAGGAUGAAGGUCUGCGACGAGGAGCAGAAAUUGUUGAUAUGGCUUGUGGAAGCGGUGAAGCAACAGAAGUAAUCUUAGAAUGGGACACGCUUGCACGAGCUCUGGCAAAUGGUCAACCUUGUUCUCUGAAUCGUCGGCGGACGAUUGUCUGUUCAAUCGAUCCAACUACUCGCAAACCACACAUCGUCUCCACCGACCCAUUCACUGGACCUGCAUUUGAAACUCGGUUGGGCUAUCCUUGUCUGCCUCUGAGUUUUCAAGACAUCGCUGACGAAAAGCUCCCACCAGCACCUUCGAAGGAAGACGGUGCAUACGAUUUAGUUGUCUGCUCGUUUGCACUGCACUUGUUGACCGACGAUUCCAGCUUGUGGGCCACACUGUACACAUUAUCGACACAGGCCCGCUGGCUUCUUGUGCUUGCACCUCACAAGAAGCCAACAAUUAAACCUAAUUGGGGCUGGACUUCAUGGAACAUCAAAAGUUGGGAGCCUGUGGAUUACGGAAAGGAAAACGACUACGUUGUCGACCGUGUACAUGCGCGUUUGUACAAAAGCACCCAGUUUUAUUGA